GCUCGUGCGCAAAGGUGACGCAGUCGCUGCUUGACUCCUCCCACUCCGUUUCAUCUCAAUUCAGUUUUUACUGAGAGAAAGAAAACACGACUUCACCCUCACAGCGGUUCUACGUGCACUUUCUCCGGGGUUUGCCAAGGGAUUUCAAUGGUUGGCCUGUUCUUUCAUUUCUGUGUUGAUUCGGAUCACACAUAUAUGGCGUUUGUGACCGUCUGUGGAGAGUUCUGCCAGGCUCAGCACCUCACCUUUGUGGACAAGUGAAUUGCUAGCCACCCGCGGGACUACGCUACCCAGAAGCCUCCCUGACAGCCAGCGCACUGGGCCCAGUCUGUCUCUUCUAUACCCUUUUGGGAUCCCGUGUAGUCCUCAAACACGCCAGCCUGACUUCCUGCCUACAGCUUUCUCUCCCUAUAGCCAAUUAGAAACUCUUCUCCUGAAUGGGACGUCUUGCCAACAUGAACCGCCCUGCCGCUGUUGAGAUUUCCUAUGACUGCAUGAGAUUCCUCAUCACACACAACCCCACCAACUCCACUCUCAACAAGUUCACUGAGGAGCUGAAGAAGUUUGAGGUGAACACAUUGGUGAGAGUAUGUGAAGCCACCUAUGACAAGGCACCAGUGGAGAAGGAGGGCAUCCAGGUCCUGGACUGGCCCUUUGAUGAUGGAGCUCCGCCCCCAACCCAGAUUGUAGAUGAUUGGUUGAACCUGCUGAAGACUAAGUUCAGAGAGGAGCCAGGAUGCUGCAUUGCUGUUCACUGUGUUGCGGGGUUGGGCCGAGCACCUGUACUGGUGGCUUUAGCCUUAAUUGAGUGUGGAAUGAAGUAUGAAGAUGCGGUGCAGUUUAUAAGACAGAAGAGACGUGGAGCUUUCAACUCCAAGCAGCUUCUUUACCUUGAAAAAUACAGACCCAAGAUGCGUCUGCGGUUCAAGGAUGCCAACGGUCACAACUGCUGUGUCCAGUAGUGCGUCUUUCUGUCAGUCAUACAAAACAACAGUGGGAAGUUCAAGAGCUGUGGGUUAUAAUUGUGGUGAUUUUAUCAAAUGAAUCAUGGCUAAUCGAUCACAGAGAUGUAAUGAAUGAAGGCUGAUCUAUGGAUUCUUCAGCAGUAUCAAAGAGAAGGGGUCAAAGCACACAGAUGAGCCCACAACCUGGUUGGUUAACCAGCGUUAACGGUCACGGGCAAGAAUUUACACCGGUUCGCCUGAUUCCCCAAAUUUCUGAUAAUGUGAUGACUUUUUAUUUUGUGUUAUUUCCGAACGAGUCCUUUGAACCAUGAUGAAAAGAUUUACAUUUGUUAUCAUUGCUGAAUUUUAUUAAGACUUAUUGCUGGAUCUGUAACUUUUAUCCUUUUUUUUAUUAUUAUUAUUAUUUCCACACACAAUAGCCAAUUUUGUUACAGAGACAACUCUGAAGUAGGCAUAUAUUUUUGCACAAAAUUUUUUUUUUUUUUUUUUUUUUUUUUUGAAGUUCCUCUCCAAUGCAGCAAUCGCCCCCUUUGAAAUGACUUUUAGGUUCAAAACUAAACUUUAGGUUUAGUUUUAAGUUUUAAAUAUGUCAGCUGUAUUUAUUUACUAUAAUUAGUGUGUCUUGUCAGGAGUGUGGGUGGGGUUAGAACACUUUUCUUUCUUUCAUGGAGCCAUGUUAUUUUCUCUCGUUUUCUUUGGGGAGUGCAAUAUUCAGUCCAGCUUAGAAAAGCCCUCACCCUUAGGACCGUCCUACACCUAAAUUCAAAUACAGGAGGAUACAUGGCUUGUCUUUGGUACUCACUUUCUAUAGCUGCUCAGUAAAAAGCUUUACUGUUGGCCAGACUGUGACACCCACACAUAAUGUGUGCACUUUAUCUGUCACCCCACAGACACUGAAGGAAGUGAGAGGCAGGAGACUGGUCAGCUCUGGGUUUAUUUUAAUUUUUUUUUUUUUUUUUUUUUUGGUUUUUAAUCAUUGUGCCCAUUUUGAAAACACCCCCACUUCAUCUUGGUUUUAAGACAAAUAAAUGAAUUGAAUUUGA